AACUCAUUUCAAAAACGUAUAUAUACAACGGCUACUUCCAUUCAAACCGCCUUCGCACCCUCUCUGAAAUUUCCUGCAAGAAAAGAGGCGACUUUCUCCGCGGCGACACCCAAUUCCAUUGUGACUUUUCAAUCACUGCGCUCUUUUAAGAUCAAGAUUCUCUCUUUCGCUCUCUGGGGUCUGUCAGAGAAGAAGAAUAGAGAUGUUGGUUAACGAGAAGCCGCCGGCGACCCAUAAGGUGUUCUAUACGCCGCCGCCCAAACGGAUUAGUGCUCCGUUUCCCUCUCCGGCGUCGCAGAGGAGGCCGUCUUGUCCCCACAGCGCCGGUAAAGACCUCUUUCACGUCAUUCACAAAGUCCCCGCCGGAGACUCCCCCUAUGUCAGGGCUAAACAUGUUCAGUUAAUCGAAAAGGACCCAAGCAGAGCGGUUUCCCUGUUCUGGGCAGCUAUAAACUCUGGGGAUAGAGUUGAAAGUGCCCUGAAAGACAUGGCAGUUGUGAUGAAGCAGCUGAACCGGACAGAUGAGGCCAUUGAAGCAAUUAAGUCUUUUCGCCAUCUCAGCCCUCCAGAGUCCCAAGAAUCGAUUGACAAUAUCUUGGUAGAACUGUACAAGAGAUCAGGUAGAAUUGAAGAUGAAAUAGGACUGAUUGAACUUAAACUUAAGAAGGUUGAAGAGGGAAUGGAUUUUGGUGGGAAGAAAACCAAGACUGCUAGAUCUCAAGGCAAACGGAUUGAGAUCACCCUUGACAAGGAGUACUCUAGGCUGCUUGGUAACUUGGCAUGGGCUCACAUGCAACUGAAGAACUACAAAUCUGCAGCAGAGAAUUACAGGAAAGCUCUAUCUAUUGAGCUAGACAGGAAUAAGCAGUGCAACCUUGCAAUAUGUUUGAUGCACAUGAACAAUAUUGCAGAAGCUAAGUUUCUGCUUCAAUCCAUAAGAGCUUCCCCAGAUUCCAAGAGUGAGUCGUGCCAGAAAUCCCUUGAACACGCCACACAAACUCUUUCCGAGUUAGAGAAAACAUCAGGCAGCACUUCUUGCUGGAGGGGAAGAAACCAUGGUGGCAGUCCUGUAGUGCCACAACCCUUUACACAACCAAGAAGAUCCAGUAGAAAGCUGUAUUUUGAGAAUGGCAGCUUCCUGAAAACUCAACCACCACCACCACCACCUACCACAUUCCCCAAGAGUUGGAGAAGAGACACUAUAGAGAACGUCACAAAAUCGACGGAGCCAACAACUUCUGUCUUCUCAUGUUCAAGAAUUUCAUCAUGUGACAGCAAAGUGGACCAAGAUGAUCAGAAUUAUCUCUCCUUUACCGUGUGCAGCGAGAAACACUAUAGUGGACCCCCACCACCUACCACAUUCCCCAAGAGUUGGAGAAGAGACACUAUAGAGAACAACAUGAAAUCAAUGGAGCCGACAACUUCUGUCUUCUCAUGUUCAAGAAUUUCAUCACGUGACAGCAUAGUGGACCAAGAUGAGCAGAAUUAUCUCUCCUUCCCUGUGUGCAGCGAGAAACAUCCUGUCGAUUCAUCAUGUCAAAGAAAGAAAAGCUGGGCUGAUAUAGUUGAAGAAGAGCAAGAAGAAGAGGAGGAGGAAGAGCCAAAAGACAUAACUUUUGAGACACCAUGCAAGAAGUUCAAUGAUGAAAAUUAUAAUUAUUCCAAUAUAAUCAAGAACCACCAGGACAAAGAAGAAGAUGGGGAGGAUGGGGAAGAGGAUGAUAUAUUACAGCAAAGAGUUGAAACACUUGAUGUUAAUGGUGGAUACCAUACUCAACCUGAAGAACACCCCCAUACUCAACCUGAAGAACACCCUGAGUGCUUCUAUGAUUCUACCACUAAUGUUACUGGUGCUUGUGCUUCAUCAUCUUCAUUAUUGCAUGGCCAGUUGAACUUUGGUACGUUUAAUACGUUGGUGAGCCCACAGGAGUUCGAUUUAGCGGUCCAGACUCCUCUUAGACGUCUAAAGCGAAGGAUCAACAACCGGCUGCAAGUCUUCCGGGAUUUAACUCCUGAGUGAUACCCCCCCCCCCCCCCCCCCCCCCUCCAUGGUUUUCUUGAAUGGUUUGUCAUCAGUCACUUGUGUGCAUAUGAUAAGGCAUAGUUGUGAAUAUGGAUUUUAUAAAUAUUUCAUUUUUUAGCUCCUGAGUGAUAUUGUACUAUUACAUCUGUAUAUAUUGCUACGAGAAUAGCCGAAAAGAAAGUAUGACAGUCAGUCACUAAGUCAGUUUUGUUUGUAGACUGAUGUCUCCACAAUUCACACACAUGAGUAAAACUGUGGUAUUAUCGUGAGAACUGAGAAGGGUAUGAAAUGAUUUAAGCUACCGUAAAAUCACUCUACAUUCCCUUCUCAAGUGAGUGAGAGUGG